AUGCUGUUCCUACACCGCCCUGCCCUCUCCCGCCCGCAGGAGGAGCAGACGGACGUGGACGCGGGCGAGCGGGCGGGCGGCGGGGCGGGCGAGGGGCGCGGGGGGCGGCGUCCCCCCCUGCAGAACGGCAGCGUGGCCACGUCGCGCAAGAACAGCGUGGGCUCCUCGUCGCGCAACGGCGGGCUCCUGGUGCGCCACGGCAGCGGCUCCCCGAACGGCGGCGUCCGCGCCCACAACGGCGGCCUCCCGCAACACGGCGCCGACGCCCCCGCCACGCCCGCGACCGGCAGCCCCCUCCCGCAGAACGGACGCGUCCCCGCCCACGGGGGAAGGCCCCCACGCCCAACCCGCCCACCAACCCCGAGGUCUGCUCUCUCGCCUCCAGCACCUACGACGUGCAGCCGCCCAUGCACCAGCAGCAGCAGCAACAACAACAACAAACAGCAGCCGCAGCGUAGGAACUCGGGGUCGUCCUCGUACCCGGCCGACGACCAGAUCUCGCUGGCGUCGUACCACAGCAACCACUCCCGCACCUACUCCCAGGGCUACGUCCGUCCACUCCCGCCCGCCGGAUGCCCGCACCACCCGCCCCGCCCGCAGCCCCAGUACCACGCCCACCCGUACCAGCAGGGCCAGGUGGAGCAGCAGCAGGCGAUGCAGAGCUCCUCGCCCUAUUCCAGCCUCAACCCUCCACGCUCUACAGCCUCAGCGCCGACUACUACGACGCGCGCUGCAGCCAGGCGCCCUUCUCGCCAGUUCCCACGCCUCGCUAACGCCUCCCUCCCGCAGGUCCCCCGAUGGGCUACGCGACGCUGGGGCCGCGCAGCCGCCGCACGUCGCCCUCGCAGUUCGCGACGCUGCAGCGCCCGCCCCUCGCGCUCGCUGUCGCAGUCGAGCGCCCACUCGCAGCCGCUGCCGCCGCAGCCGCCGCCCGCAGGCUGCCAGGCGCAGUGCUGCCAGGGGGCGCGGCUCCUCCACGACGGCGAGUGCGAUCGCCACGGCCUCUGCCGCAGCGCCUCCGAGGACGGCCGCGACGCGCAGCCGCGCCGCAGCAGCUUCCACGGCCCCGUCAGGCGCGAGUCGCCGCUCCACUACGACGCGGCGGCGCUGCACCCGCUCGCGCGCCCCGUGCCCGCGCCCGCGCUCGCCCCGCAGCACGCCCGCCCCGCCCUCCACCAGGACAACGGCUUCAGCGGCGCCAAGCACCUCCAGCAGGAGGCGCAGCGGCCCGCGGGCGCCGCCACCAACCCGCCGUCGCGGUGCCCGAGCCGCUCCGCCAGCUGCUCGUCGCACACCAACCUGAACGCCGACGCGACCUCCGCCGACGACGCCCAGCCGCCCUCCUCGCGGGGCAGCCCCGCCCACAGAGACGCCCACUCCGCGGCGCCCGAGGCCAGGGAGGCGACCGGCGCGGGCGUGAGUCGCCCUCGCUUCCCGCACGACUACGUGCGCCAGGGCUCGAGUAAGGUCAAGUCGUCGGGGCGGCGCGAGGGCGGCGGCACGGGCGGGGGCGAGCGGAAGCAGCGACGCCCUCGCCCGCCCUCGCCGAAGCGCCGCAGGUCGCGAGUGGGCGGCGGAGGUGGGACGAGAGUCGCCCGGCGCGCCCUCGCCCCCGACGUCUACCUCUCUUCGCCGCCAAGACAAGCAGCCGAGAGUCACUCAGACCCCUCAGACUCCCUCAUCCUCCGGCCGCAGCGGACCCCCUCGCAGCGCCCACACGCGACAGCUUCCCGCCAACACCCGUGUCCGCAGCGGCCGCCUCUCCCGCCACGACCGCCGGACGACACGAAGAACCGAACUGAGCGAACUGAUCAAAAACCUUACCUCAAAGUCACCCCAACUUCCUUGCCUUGCCGAGGGCGAAGCAGCGGCGGUAGUCUCACUUGUCCCUUACUUCGGAAGCCUUUGCCCAUACGCGCCUUCGGACAUGAGGAAACCCUUGUAAAUAUUCCGACAAUCCUUCCCCGGGGAGAUGACCGCGAAGCCUCAAGCACACAGGGCUGGGAACGGAAGCCCGAGACCCUGGAAGCCUUAAAGCCUGGAAACCUCAAAGCCUGGAAGCUUCAAAGCCUGGAAGGAGCCUGGCGUCCCUCGCACCCUAAGCGACGGGGGAAGAAACCGAUAAUCUAUUUGAGAGUCGAGUCACAAUUGAAUUUGAGCGGCGACGGGGCCCGGCGGGCACUCGCACCUCCGCGCCCAAGAGCCAGAGACGCUGCAUGUGGCACCGUCUGGCACCUCUCCGCCGGCACUGACGAGGCGCCGCGAAGUGCCAAGCGCCGCGCCCAACCAACGAGCAGGAGAGAGCCACGACAGAAGGGCUGUUGA